ACGAAAAGCCUGGACCGCCGUUUCGUCCGGGCUCUGUCGCCAACCUGGAACCCUCAAACGCAUCCCAAGGCCAUCGUCGACCACUACUGCCUCCCCGCACGGGCGCCAUUGCCGGAUUCAAAAGUGCCCGUCCGACGCUGCCGCACCCGGCAAUCCCCCUGAUAUUCGAUCCCCCACCACCCUGUUUAUGCAUCCGCACCCGCUGGCGGAUUCUGGAGGAUGCAACGCAGCCACACCGAGUCGGGCUCCUGGCUUGCCCUGGUUCUCGUUUCAUGGUCCCUGUCGUCGUGGCUCAAGGCCGCGCUCUUGAAGAGAGAUAUCGACCCGGUCACCCAAACGGGUCUUUUUGGCGGUGCCUUGGCCGACGAGGCACUGCCUCGGAUGCCGCGCUUCGACCGCCGACAGCGCUGGAGUCGCUGGGCAGCAACCUGGAUCGAUCUGCUGCGGAGCACACGGGCGACGUCGCAAGAACAGCGGCUGGUGUUCGGCUAUUACUUGGCCGUGGCCCACAUGGCUCUCAGCGUGGCCAAUGUCGAGCUCCCGCACAAGACGAAUGCACCGGCCGUCCGGUCUGCCUCGGGCCGGCUUCUCUGGCUCUAUGCAAUCUGCGGCUCGCUCGUGCCGGCUCUGCUCGACGAAGCCGUUGGGCUGCUGCUGUCGAUACUGUGGUCGCCGCGAAUCCACUCUGUCAAGGGCAUUCCGAUGACAGCACCAUGUCUGCAGCAGAACGGGGGCAAGGACCGUCGGCCGAGAAGCUCAUCCUGUCCAGUCAGUGGUGCCGUCCUGGCCAGCAGGAUUCCCUGUCCCGUGCGGCCUCGGCGUGCCGUCUGUCGAUCGGGCAGCCCCCUGGCCGAGCGAACACCCUUGCCGAAGGAGUCGCCCAAGUGUUCUGAAUGGUCCAAGCGCACCGUACGGCCAAGCCCUCCUCGAUACCCGCAGCAAGCACACACAACGGAUCGGUUGGCCCGGUUCGAAGGUCUGGCAGCAGCGCCGGAUCAGCCAAUACCGCAACCACCGCAGCCACCGCCCGGACCAGGAUACCUGCACAGGACUCUGCUCGGCCUACAGCCAUCGACCAGGCAACAGCCGCCCUCUCAGCGCCAGGACACCCCGCCAAAGCACGCUGAUCCGAACGAGCCACCGCCGCUCGACAACUCUGACUGCCCAAUCUGCCUGGGAUCGUCGUCGUGCUCGGUAGAGAGUCUCGAGCGGUUCUGCAAGGCCGCGAGACACGUAGCUCACACCGAGUGCAUGAUGUCGUGGUACUCGACCCAGCGCGACGAGCGCUGUCCGGUCUGUCGGCGAGACCUGGCCAUCACCGCGAUUGAUGAUCGCUCGUGGAGCCUGAGCCAAGGCCGCGGGCGCUGGUGGGGCCUGUGGACGAUCGUCCAGGCCAGGUGGGACUGGAGCCGGUUCUGGACGAGACUGGGGACGCACUAUGGGGUCGUUUUGCUGGUGCUGCUGCUGUCGCGGCUGCCGAGGACAGCGACGAGGACAACGACGAGGAAGCGGAGAGCCGCCGGACAUCUCCUUGGAGGGUGAGCGAGAGACUGGUGGUGGCGGGAGGAAGAGGAGACACCGAAGACGAUCGACGAGGUU